GAAGAUGCUCCUCUUUCUCACCAUUGCCCUCAAUGCAUUUCUAGUCAGGUGAGUCAGAGAAUCGACAAGUAUAAUAGUGCCAGCAUUUCCGCUCACGUCUUGACGUCCUAACCCCCUUGGAUCUCUUCCUACCUUGGCAGCGCCUUUGCCUCUGCGUAUCUAUUCCUCGUUCCAGAAUUGCAAGUCCUCUUUUCCGUCAACCGAGAAGUCGCCAUUACCGGCUUUGUGCUCUACGUCAUUGGCUGGGGACCUGGACCACUCCUCUGGGCUCCUCUCUCGGGUGAGCAUCAUCAUCUUGACCUUCCUCACGACAGCCAAAUUUGGAUGCUGAAUCACAUCUCUCCAUUUUUCCUGACAGACUCCAUCGGGCGGAAGCCAGUGUAUAUCGGUUCCUCGCUGCUGUGGACCGUCUUCAACAUUGGAUGCGCUCGAGCCCAGAACAUUGAGACAUUGCUCGUGUGCCGCUUCUUUGCUGGCUUCUUCGGUUGUGCUUGCCUCACCAACGGCGGCGGGUCUUCAGUCGACAUCUUCGAAGGACUGGCCGUCUUGCGAGGUACCGUGGUGUACUCUGCCAUCGUCUUUCUGGGUCCCGUCCUUGGUCCCAUCAUUGGCGGAGCAGUAGCUCAGUACUCUCCUUCGACAUCGCUCGCUGACGAUGGAGGCUUCCGCUGGCUCUUCUACGCUGCCGUCGCUGCCGGUCUCCUCGUCACCGCCCUCCACUGCGUCUGCAUGGAGACACACCACAACACUCGACUGCGCCGUCGUGUCGCUGUUCUCCGAAAGGCCCACCCCGACCAGCCUUGGACGACGAUGGCCGACUCAGCGGGCCUGAUUGUGGCCAGGAAGGUGCUGGCAACAACCUCUGCUGCCGCAAAGAUGCUGAUCGAGGAGCCCAUCAUCAUCCUCAUCUCCGUCUGGCAGACGACGAUCAUGGCCAUCAUCUACCUCUUCUUCGAGUCCUUUGCAGUCAUCUUUGGUCUUGGACACGGCUUCGACUCUUUUCAAGUCGGUCUCAGCUUCCUCGGCGUGGGAAUCGGCAUGCUCUUGGCCUGCCUGUGGGGCAUCACUGGCGAGCCCUUCUUCUGGAUGAAGCGGGUGAAGAAGAGUGGAGGAGAGUGGAAGCCAGAGCUCCGCAUUCCUAUGGGUCUCGCCGGGGCUUGCCUUACCGUCGUUGGUCUCUUCUGGUUCGGCUACACCUCCUAUCCUUCCAUCCACUGGAUUGUCCCCAUCAUUGGGUCGGCCGUGUAUGGCAUGGGAGCACUUUCUGCCAUGCUCGCCACCUUCUCCUACAUUGUCGAUACCUACGCCAUGAAGGCUGCUCCCGCAUUCGCAGCCGUUGGUCUCAUCCGAUCCGUGGUCACUGGUGUCCUUCCACUUUGCGGUACACAAUUCUACGUGAGUGUCGCUGCGAGAGACAUUGGGUAGUCUUGGUAUUGAAAUUCUACUAGCCAACAUUUGCUGACUCAUUCCUUUCUCCUCUUCCUUGACCUUGUAGAUGAACGUCGGACCGAGACAGGCGACCUUGGUCAUUGCCUGCAUUGCGCUCCUGGAAGUGGGCAUUCCUCUCCUGGCAAUGAAGUACGGAGAGCGCGUCCGCCUCAGCAGCAAGAUGGCCAAGCGCUGAAGUAUUACC